AUGAGGCCCCAAGAAGGCGAAAGCGCCCGGCUCGAAGAAAUUGAGACGCCAGCCUCCGGGACCGGCAAGCCGACGCCCGCCCGCGCCCGAAGACGGGGGGGCGCUCUGCUCGGUCACUCUUACGUAUGGCCGAUCUGCGCCGGCAUGGCGGUCGGCCUGCGCUGGGCGCUCGCCGGAGCGCUGCUGAGCGCUGCGACCGGCCAGCCGCGCAGGAUCCCGCUGCGGCGGCGCAGGCCGCGCUCCGUGUCUGAGGCAAUCGAGGCGGUAAACGCUCACGCGCAGCUGCUCCUGGCCAAAUACGGCACCGUUGACGACUCAGGACGACGGCGUUGGCGCGGCGUGGAGAGCGCGGCCGACGGCGACGGGCAGCGGGCUGUCACGACGCAGCGGUCAGAGUACCGCGCCGGCUGCUCCCCACAGCCGCGCGCGGCCGCUCGGCCGCGAGGGCGCUCGACGCCGCUCCCGAGAGGAGCUCCGUGCGGCUUCGAAGGCACAGCCAUCAGCGACCCCUCUGCGGCACGGGAGCGCCCUGAGCAGGGCGUCAUCUUCGACACCGGCUCGUCCAAUCUGUGGGUGCCGAGCGUGGGCAACGCCAUGGCCGGCAAGAUGAGCAAGAGAUUGUACAAUAGUUCGAUGUCCAGCACCUACGGCGCAGACGGGCGCCCCUUCGACAUCAUGUAUGGAUCGGGCCCGGUGAGCGGGUAUCAAUCACAGGACACAGUGGCCAUCGGCGACUUCACCCUGCGCGGGUACACGUUCGCGGAGGUUACCGACACCACCGGAAUUGCAGCGGAGUACCGCGGCUCCCCGUGGGAUGGCAUCUGCGGCAUGGCCUGGGGGAUGAUCUCCGUCGGGAAGACGCAGACACCGUUCGGGGCGCUCGUCGAGACCGGCGAGCUGGACCGCGCCGCGUUCAGUUUCCACCUCGGCGUGUCGGGCGAGGACGGCGAGCUCGUCCUGGGAGGCUCAGACCCUGCACACUACGUGGGAAACCUCUCCUACGUGCCGGUGGUGCAGGCCGGCUGUGGGCCGCUGGAGUUGCGCUACGCCUACUGGACGGUCGAGCUUGACAGCGUCACAGUCGGGAGCGACACGGUAUUCCAGAUCGAGGCCAUCGUGGACUCGGGCACGUCGCUGAUCGCGGUGCCCACGGAGGCUUUCCUGAGGCACCACGUGUGUGCGAUGGCGCCGCCGUCCAAGAAAUGGGCUUGGUCAGUCUGCAAGAGCUGCAACAAUUGGGCGUACGACUGGAAGAUCAAGCGCAAUGGGGGCUGCUGCGCCAAGUGCGACUCGUUCGUCACUCUCCGGGCGGACACUACCUCGGCGUCACGCAAGCCACCAUGGGGAGACCAACAUACUAAGGGCACCUACGCGGAAGUGGUGUGCAGGCAGCUGGCCCACGCCGUCUCCAAGCUUGGGCCCGACCAGAGCAUGCAGGAGCAGCUGGAGCACCUGCAGACCACCAUCUCCCAGAAGUGCGCCCCGCCCAAGAAGGAGGUACCCAAGUCUGCGGCUCUCAAGCAGGCAAUCGGCAAGGUCAACUCCGCCAAGGCCAAGCUCGAUGGAGUCACCAAGCGACACAUGGACGCUGAGAAGGCGCUCGCCAAGCUCGCUGAGCAGGUGGCGCAGGCAGCGGCGGAGGUCUACGAGGCACAGCAGGAGCACUCGAAGGCCCUGGAAGAAUACAACAUGCACUCAGUGGCGGAGGGCACGGCGGCUAAGCCCGAGCAGGCGGGCUUCCAGGUGGACGAGAGCCUCUUCACCGACGAGGAGGACCUGGAACAGACGCAGAAGGACCAGCUCGCAAAGUUCAGGGAGGACGCCAAGUCCUUGCAGGAGUUGCUGGAGCGCGCCAAGACGCAGCAGGAGGCCCUGCUCACCAUGGUCGAGAGCGCGAAGAAGAUCAAGGCGGAUCAUGCGGCAAAGAAGCGCAGGAUCAACGAAGGCGACCACCACUUCACCUACGGCUGGUACGGCUGCUGCGGGAGGCGCUACGGGCUUUUCUUCUGGUCGGGCUGGUAUUUAGCCCGCCAUGGCAGCCGCCUGCAGCGCUGGACAGACGUGGACGCAGCUUGUCAAGACUGGCGGCGCAGCCAGUGUGAAAGAGCUCGCAAUCAGACAUGUGAGACAGCUAAGCCAGCGAAGGUCACCAGCAUAUUCUUCAGCAAUAUCACACAAUGGGGCGAGAAACAGCAGAAGUUCCUCAACGAGAGCCAGGAACUUGCUCAGAUUUUUGCCUUCACGGAGUCCCAUGUGCCGCAGUCAGGCAUCGCGAAGCUGAAGAAAGACCUGAUCAAAGAUGGAUGGAAAGCAGCAGUCACGGCAGCAACACCGACGCGACGCUCGAAGGAGGGCAACAGCGGAGGCGAGCUGCUCAUCGCCAAGGCGCACUUGGCAACCACAACGUUCGACGCGACGAGGGAGACCAUCAAGGCCCGAGGAGGACAGGACCCAUUCAGAGGGUUCACGGCCAUGGCUAUCCACCGCAGCGGAGGCAACGUCGUUCUCUUCUCCCUCUACCUGCUUCCCAAGGAGGGCAUGCAGGGCAGCAACUUUGAAAAGAUUAAGGCGCCCUCGACGGUCAUAGGGAGCAUCACAGAUCCUUGGAUUACCAUGGCAGAUUGGAAUAUGCCCCCGUCCCUUGUCGAGAAGUCAGGCCUCCCCACGCGACUGGGAGGCAAGGUGGUCGUUCCGAAGAUCCAGGUCACCUGCGACAAGGGCAAGGGCAGUCUCAUAGAUUUCGCCAUGGCACGAGAAGACAUAGCAGAUGGCAUCACCAUCGACGUGCCCCCGGCGAGGAUCGUCGCCGCCUUCGACGGCGAGACCUACGGAGACGCCGAUCUCGAGCUCGGCCUCGGCAACGUGGAAGCGGCGGAGCUCGGCAUCGAGAUCGGAGCGGCCCUGGGCGCCAUGCAGCGCGCGGCUGCCCCCGCCGCCGCCGACGACGCGCGCCCCGCGGCGCCCGGGCCGCGGCGGAGGCGCGCCGGCGGCGCGAAGCUGCUUGUGCCGGCGGGCACGAGGCUCGCGCUGCUGCGGCGGCGGGGCGCGCUGAGGCCUCGGGAGCACAGGCCGCUCCACCGCUGCGACGGGUGCGGGCAUUUCGGGUGCUGCCAGAGCUGCCCCGGGGCCACGGGCAGGCCGUGGCACUGCGACCCGUGCUGGCUGCAGUCGAAGAUCAGCUUCAAGCAGUGGUACGUGGAGCAGGGCUGGCAGCCCGUCGACAGGCUUCUGGGAGAGCAGAUGGCCAUACACGGGCAGGCGAAGGGGGCGACGACCAUGGAUGUGGGCGGCGGCGAGGGGCACUUCGACUUCGUCGAGAUCGGCACCUCGCACUUCCACACCCUCACGCAGGCGGCCGCCGCACACCCAGACGGCAAGCCCAACGCCUGGCGCUACCUGCGGUGGUCCCACGACCCGACCUCCUUGCGCGGGCUGGCGGUAGACAUGGAGGAGAGGUAUCUCCGCCUGCUGCCCGACCUGCCCCACGUGAAGAAGGUGCAGGCCGCGGUCUCGGACCGAGACGGCUCGCACACCAUGCACCACGUGCCUCUCCGAGACAUCGGCCGCUGGGAGCGGGCGCUGGCGGCCCGGGGCAGCCUGUGGGCCUACCGGGCCGUGCGCAUGGCGCGGGGCUGCAGCACCCUGGGCCGCCACAGCCUGACGAGGAGGAACUUCGGCAAGCUCGGCCUGAGGCACCUCAUCCGCACCAAGCGCGUGCGCAUCAGGAGCAUGGGCACGCUAUCCAGGGGAGCACGGGGUGAAGAGCAUCGGGGUCUUGGCACUGGACUGCGAGGGCCACGACUGCAGCAUCCUCAACGGGCUCCUGCGGGCCUGCAAGCUGCGCCCCGAUUGGCACCCGUACUGGAUCUUGUUCGAGACGAACGGCAUGAACGACGACGUCUUCGGCCCUGGCACCGAGAGGCGGACGAUUCGAAAACUUAUAAGGCGAGGAUACAAGGUGGUGUACGGAGGCGGUUUGCGUGA